CCUUCUUCCUGUUCUACUCUUCAGUCUUCUAACUUCCCUCCUGCGGCAGGGCCGAUCGAUUCUAGAACAAAACCAAAAGUGAGAACGCUGAGGUUGGCACUUUCACUUCCUCUUUGAAUAUAGUAUUUGCAGAGGGGGCACCACUGGGAGGGAAGAGGCAGGUGUCCCAGGGACUCUGCGCUGCCACCAGUUACAGAUCGUCAUGCUCUCUCACGGUCUCCACUGGUUGCAGAAAAUGCCAGGAUGAUGUCUCCUUUGCUCCUGGCUAGGACUCUGAUCAUGGCACUGUUGCUCUCCUGCCUGACGCCGGGAAGCUUGAAUCCCUGCAUAGAGGUAGUUCCUAAUAUUACCUACCAAUGCAUGGAUCAGAAUCUCAGCAAAGUCCCUGAUGACAUUCCUUCUUCAACCAAGAACAUAGAUCUGAGCUUCAACCCCUUGAAGAUCUUAAGAAGCUAUAGCUUCUCCAAUUUCUCAGAACUUCAGUGGCUGGAUUUAUCCAGGUGUGAAAUUGAAAUAAUUGAAGACAAGGCAUGGCAUGGCCUACACCACCUCUCAGACUUGAUACUGACAGGAAACCCUAUCCAGAGUUUUUCCCCAGGAAGUUUUUCUGGACUAACAAGUUUAGAGAAUCUGGUGGCUGUGGAGACAAAAUUGGCCUCUCUAGAAAGCUUCCCUAUUGGACAGGUUAUAACCUUAAAGAAACUCAAUGUGGCUCACAAUCUUAUACAUUCCUCUAAGUUUCCUGAAUAUUUUUCCAAUCUGAUGAACCUAGAACAUGUGGAUCUUUCUUAUAACUAUAUUCAAACUAUUUCUGUCAACGACUUACAGUUUCUACGUGAAAAUCCACAAAUCAAUCUCUCUUUAGACCUAUCUUUGAACCCAAUUGACUUCAUUGAAGACCAAGCCUUUCAGGGAAUUAGACUCCAUGAACUGACUCUAAGAAGUAAUUUUAAUAGCUCAAAUAUAAUGAAAACUUGCCUUCAAAACCUGGCUGGUUUACAUGUCCAUCGGUUGAUCUUGGGAGAAUUUAAAGAUAAAAGGAAUCUGGAAAUUUUUGACCCCUCUAUCAUGGAAGGACUAUGUGAUGUGACCAUUAAUGAGUUCAGGUUAACAUACACAAAUAAUUUUUCAGAUGAUAUUGUUAGCUUCCAUUGCUUGGCGGAUGUUUCUGCAAUGUCUCUGGCAGGUGUACCUAUAACACAUCUAGCAGAUGUUCCUAAACAUUUCAAAUGGCAAUCCUUAUCAGUCAUUAGAUGUCAACUUAAGCAGUUUCCAGGUCUGGAUCUACCCUUUCUUAAAAGUUUGACUGUGACUAUGAACAAAGCGCCUCUCAGUUUUAAAACAGUGGUUCUGCCAAGUCUCAGAUAUCUAGAUCUUAGUAAAAAUGCACUGAGCUUUAGCGGUUGCUGUUCUUAUUCUGAUUUGGGGACAAACAGCCUGAGACACUUAGACCUCAGCUUCAAUGGUGUCAUCAUUAUGAGUGCCAAUUUCAUGGGUCUAGAAGAACUGGAGUACCUGGAUUUUCAGCACUCUACUUUAAAAAAGGUCACAGACUUUUCAGCAUUCUUAUCCCUUGAAAACCUCCGUUACCUUGACAUCUCUUAUACUAAUACCAAAAUUGACUUCGAUGGCAUAUUUCUUGGCUUGACCAGGCUCAACACAUUAAAAAUGGCUGGCAAUUCUUUCAAAGAUAACACCCUUUCAAAUGUCUUCACGAACACAACAAACUUGACACUCCUGGAUCUUUCUAAAUGUCAAUUGGAACAAAUAUCUUGGGGGGUAUUUGACACACUCCAUAGACUUCAAUUAUUAAAUAUGAGUCACAACAACCUACUGUUUUUGGAUCCAUCCCAUUAUAACCAGCUGUAUUCCCUCAGCACUCUUGAUUGCAGUUUCAAUCGCAUAGAGACAUCUAAAGGAAUAUUGCAACAUUUUCCAAAGAGUCUAGCCUUCUUCAAUCUUACUAACAAUUCUAUUGCUUGUACCUGUGAAUAUCAGAACUUUCUGCAGUGGGUCAAGGACCAGAAGCAGUUUUUGGUGAAUGUUGAACAAAUGACAUGUGCAACACCUGUAGCGAUGAAUACCUCCCUAGUGUUGGAUUUUAAGAAUUCCACCUGUUAUAUGUACAAGACCAUCAUCAGUGUGUCAGUGGUCAGUGUGAUUGUGGUAUCCGCUGUAGCAUUUCUGAUAUACCACUUCUAUUUUCACCUGAUACUUAUUGCUGGCUGUAAAAAGUACAGCAGAGGAGAAAGCAUCUAUGAUGCGUUUGUCAUCUACUCGAGUCAGAAUGAGGACUGGGUGAGAAACGAGCUGGUAAAGAAUUUAGAAGAAGGGGUGCCCCGCUUUCACCUCUGCCUUCACUAUAGAGACUUCAUUCCUGGUGUAGCCAUUGCUGCCAACAUCAUCCAGGAAGGCUUCCACAAGAGCCGGAAGGUUAUUGUGGUGGUAUCCAGACACUUUAUCCAGAGCCGUUGGUGUAUCUUUGAAUAUGAGAUUGCUCAGACAUGGCAGUUUCUGAGCAGCCGCUCCGGGAUCAUCUUCAUUGUCCUUGAAAAGGUGGAGAAGUCCCUGCUGAGGCAGCAGGUGGAACUGUAUCGCCUUCUUAGCAGAAACACCUACCUGGAAUGGGAGGACAAUCCUCUGGGGAGGCACAUCUUCUGGAGAAGACUUAAAAGAGCCCUGUUGGAUGGAAAAGCCUCGAAUCCUGAGGGAACAGCAGAGGAAGAACAAGAAACAGCAACUUGGACCUGAGGAGAGCAAAUCUCUGGGGCCAAAACCCAGUCUGUUUACAAUUAAUCAAUACUACAGUUCACCUGGGGUUCUGCUAUGGACAGAGAGCCCAUGGAGCAUAAGGCUGAUAAGCAAUGACAUGGACCUCACUGGGCAGAAGGAAGUAUCACUGUGAUGAAACUCCGUACUUUCUAGGCAUAUAAAUUAACCAACUCGGGAGAAGAAUCAUAAUCAAGACAGUUUACCUUUAUCUUAUUAAACUGAAGGAGAAGAGGCUAAGGCCCAGUAAGAACAGAAAGGAGAACCAUUCUUCACUGGGCCUUUUGAAUACAAGCCAUAUCAUGUACUGUGUUUCCGUUACCUUAGAAGAGUUUUGAUAGCUUAAGCUGAAGUGAAUGUUUUCUUACUUUCCUGUUUUGCUAAUGAAUGCAAUUUAAAUAGCUAUUUUUGAGAGGCCCUCAUACCAA